UUAUAAUACGCGCUCAUUUUUAUCAGAGCAAGAAACAGUAUCUAAUAUGAUCUCUUAUCAGAAGUCAUUAGUCAGACGCUCUCCGCCACAAUGAACACACGUAAACUUUCAACGCACGUGCUAAACACCUCUACGGGAAAGGCAGCAGCUAACAUCAGGAUUACUACCUAUCGCCUGGAGGAAUCCCAAGAAUGGAAGGCCCUUCGACCAUCGGAAACCAAUGCAGAUGGUCGCUGUCAGUUGCUGGACCAAGCGGACUUUUCCAAGGGUAUCUAUAAGUUAACCUUUCAUGUGGGAGCAUAUUUUGCUGCGCAAAAUAUAAAAACCUUUUAUCCAGCCGUCGAGCUGAUAGUGGAUUGCAGUGAGAAACAAAACUAUCAUGUUCCGCUUUUACUUAGCCCCUAUGGUUACAGCACUUAUCGCGGAACAUAGCUCGUAUGAUUUUGUACGGUUGACAAA